CCCGGCGGGGCCGGGGCGGGACCCCACGAUGCCGCAGCUGGAACCGACGGGGGGAGACGACUUGGGGGCCCCCGACGAGCUCAUCGCCUUCCAGGACGAGGGCGAGGAGCAGGACAAGGGCGCGGGGCGCGGCUCGGCCCACGGGGACCUGGACGAGCUCAAGUCCUCGCUGGUCAGCGAGACCGAGAACCGGGGGGUCCCCGGCCCCGUAGUCGGCCCCGGCCCCGAGGCGGAGCGGCCCCCGCCGCCCCGGGAAAGUUUCCAGAAGCCGCGGGACUCUUUGGCAGAAGUGGUCAGACGACAACAAGAUGGGAGUUUUUUUAAGGCCCCCCCCUAUCCCGGCUACCCCUUCCUGAUGCUCCCUGAGCUGGGCAGCCCCUACCUCGCCAAUGGAGCGCUCUCCCCCGGCGGAGCCCGCACCUACCUGCAGAUGAAGUGGCCGCUGCUGGACGUGCCGGCCGGUGCCACGCUGAAGGACAACCGCUCUCCCUCGCCUGCCCACCUGUCCAACAAGGUCCCGGUGGUGCAGCACGCCCAUCACGUGCACCCGCUGACACCGCUCAUCACCUACAGCAACGACCCCUUCCCGCCGGGAUCGCCACCCGGCCACCUCUCCCCAGAGAUCGACCCCAAGACGGGGAUCCCCCGGCCGCCGCACCCCCCCGAGCUGCCCCCCUAUUACCCGCUGUCGCCUGGAGCCGUGGGGCAGCUCCCACACCCCCUGGGCUGGCUCGUCCCACAGCAAGGACAGCCCGUGUACUCCAUUCCUGCUGGUGGUUUCCGGCACCCCUAUCCUGCCCUUGCCAUGAAUGCCUCCAUGUCCAGUUUGAUGUCCAGCCGCUUCUCCCCGCACAUGGUCCCACCGCCCGCACACGGGCUGCACCCCUCGGGCAUUCCACACCCCACCAUUGUCUCGCCCAUCGUCAAGCAGGAGCCCUCCCAGCCCAGCACCAGCCCUGGAGGCAGCUCGAAAUCCCCCGUGGCAGUAAAGAAGGAGGAGGAGAAGAAACCUCACAUCAAGAAGCCUCUCAAUGCCUUCAUGCUGUACAUGAAGGAGAUGAGGGCCAAGGUGGUGGCUGAGUGCACGCUGAAGGAGAGCGCUGCCAUCAACCAGAUCCUGGGCCGGCGGUGGCACUCGCUGUCACGGGAGGAACAGGCCAAGUACUACGAGCUGGCGCGGAAGGAGCGGCAGCUGCACUCGCAGCUCUACCCAACCUGGUCAGCGCGGGACAACUACGGCAAGAAAAAGAAGCGAAAGCGUGAGAAGCUGGCACAGCAGCAGAGCCACGACGCGGACAGCUCCCUGCCCUCCAAGAGCAAGAAGCCGUGCGUGCCGUACCUGCCGGCCGAGAAGCCGUGCGCCAGCCCGGCCUCGUCCCACGGCAGCAUGCUGGACUCGCCCGCCACGCCGUCGGCAGCGCUGGCCUCGCCGGCCGCGCCGGCUGCCACCCACUCGGAACAGGCCCAGCCACUCUCACUCACCACCAAACCGGAGGUCAGGGCUCAGCUUGGCAUGCAUUCCACCAUCCUCACCAGCAAAGCCUCCUCUUCUUCCUCCUCAACCUCCUCCUCCUCCUCGACCUCGACCUCCUCAACCUCCUCCUCCUCCUCCAGCCUCGGCAGCCUGCCCCCGCUCCUCUCCAGACCCAUCCCCUUUGCCUCAGUGACCCCCACGGCUCUCCUGUCCUCCCCGCCCAGCUCCAUCCCGGCUGCCCUGGCCGUGCUGCAGACGCAGCCCCUCUCCCUGGUCACCAAACCUGCUGACUGAGGGAGAACCUCGUUCCCCCUCCGCUCCCUCCCGACCCCGUCCCCUUCCCGCUGUACAUUGCAGAAGCCACAAUCAAGAUUCAAAUGCAGCCAAAACCAUUAUUGGUCAAUAUUUGACCCUUUCUGAACUCUUUGGAAGCAGACUCUGGAGGAAGGGGCUUUCUGCUCAGAGCUGCUGCCAGCAGUCAACCUAAAGACUGUUUUUAUUAAAAAAAAGGAAAAAAAAAAGAAAAAAAAAUGAAAUAGACCCUGCACAAGCCGCCGACAAUGGGAAUCUCUGUGUGAUGAACUGAGUGCCCAUUGCUGCCUUGGGGCACAGGGAUGAAACCUGCAUGGUGAUGCCAGCACCAAACACAGCAGGUGUUGACUGGAACUGGCACUCCAUCCCAGAUCCAGGAGCAGGAAUGUCUCCAGCUCCUCCCAAAUCCUCCCGUCCUGCUCCCAUCCCCAGCUCUGUCCUGGCAAGGAGCUGGAUCCUGCCCCAGGGAUGCUGCUUCAUCGGUGCUGCUCCUGCUUGCAGUCGUGCUGGGGUGGGCAGGGUCUGGGGCUGAGCCCUAGGAGUUGUUUUGUUUUUAUCACCUCAAAAUCCUGUUAUUUUUCACAAAAGGAAAU